AUCCACUUUACUUCCGUAAAGGCUCGUGUGAGCGUUUUAUCGUGUCAUACUUUCAUAAGUUGUAAAAUCUUUACAUUUUAUCGCUUCGAUAUAAACUAUCUAAAAAUGCAAGCAAUGAGAAAUUAUUUUCGUCCGUGGUCAUCAGAUGUAAGACUCGACGGCAAAACUGUUAUAAUUACUGGAGCCAAUACUGGAAUUGGCAAAUUUACUGCAAUUGACUUGGCAAAACGAGGAGCUCGGAUCAUCAUGGCCUGCAGGGAUAUGGAGAAAUCCAAUGGAGCUCUGAAGGAAGUGGUUGAAUCUUCAGGAAACCAGAAUGUGUUUGCCAGCAGACUUGACCUGGCAGAUACAAAAUCAAUUAGAGAAUUUGCAGAGAAGGUCAAUACUGAAGAGAAACAAGUCAACAUCCUAAUCAAUAACGCCGGGGUGAUGGUUUGUCCAUACGGGAAAACUGCAGAUGGUUUUGAAAUGCAAAUUGGGGUGAACCACAUGGGGCACUUCCUGUUGACACACCUGCUACUGGAUUUGAUAAAAAGAUCAAUGCCAGCCAGAAUCAUUAAUGUCUCAUCUAUGGCACAUCAAUGGGGGACCAUCGACCUGGAGGACAUCAACAGUGAGAAGAGUUAUGAUAAAAAGAAAGCUUACAGUCAGAGCAAGCUUGCAAACAUUCUGUUCACUCGCUCAUUGGCCAAAAGACUAGAAGGUUCUGGAGUGACGGCGUAUGCUCUUCACCCUGGGGUGGUGCAGACUGAACUUUGGAGGCAUUUAAAUAAACCUCAACAAGCAGUCAUGUGGAUGGUUAGACCGUUCACUAAAACAUCUGUUCAGGGAGCUCAGACGACCAUCUACUGUGCCGUGGCUCCUGAACUGGAGACAGAAAGCGGCAAAUAUUACAGUGACUGUGCGCCUGCAAACUGCUCUCAAGCUGCACUGGAUGAUGAUGUGGCCCAGCGCCUCUGGGAACUCAGCUGUAAGAUGCUCAAUAUUAAAUGGGAGUAAAAACGAAUGUCUGUUCAGUGAAGGUGUUAUUGUAGUCUACCUCAAACAGGCAUACCCUCAAAAAGAAAAUAUUAUUAACUAAUAUUUAAUACACAACUGUGUUCAGGGUGUCCGCGGAUCUUUAAAAUGUCUUAAAUUCCAUAAUGUCAAAAUAAGGCCUUAAUUAGCAUUAAAAUGACUUAAAUCCGCAUUUCCAAGGUCUUAGAAAUGCAGUCGAACCGACAUUGUAAAGAAGAUUUUAUUUUCGUUUUAAAAUCAUGUACGUCUAUUUGGAGGUUUAGCCAUGGGGAAGUGCAAAUUUGUUGCUAUAAAAUUGGUCUUAAAUUUCAUUCUGCACGGUAUUAAAAAGGUCUUAAAAAGUCUUAAAUCUGACUCUCAGAAACCUGCGGAUACCCUGUGUGUUUGUGUGCAGUGGGUGGGAACAAACAAAGAUUAUUUAAACAUGAAUUAAACGUGAAAUAAUGGCCUUUAUUCAUUAUGUGCAAUUUAAAACAUAUGUAAGCCUUGAUUGGCUUAAAUUUUUAUAAAACACUACUAAAAUAUUUGUAAUGUAGGAAGUGAAUGUCAGAUUUAGGGUCGUGAAAAUGCACUGUAUGUAAAUAUUUAUGAUUUUUGUUUUGUAGCCUGAUUUUGUAAUAAAAAAAGGUUUGGGGUGAUCUAAUAAGCUAAAUAUUUUUUGCACACAAAAGUGAUAAAGUU